CAGCAACGAAUUCACACUCGAACGAGACAGAAGAGUAUGACGGGUGGAUUACGUAAGGAGAGAUGUGAAGUGGUUAGAGAAUGGCACGACAGCCAAUGUGAUUCUGUGCCGCCAAUUCAAACUCUAUGAUAUCAUCUGUUCCUUGUUUCUUCUUCUGUACACCACUACUCUUCUUUCCUUACCAACACGGAAAGACCUUCCCCAUCAGACCCACCUCUGAGUUAACUGGGUAAUAUACAUGGCCGCUGUAGCAACGGCUGAAGCAUGCGAUUCCAAUGCAGCAUUAUCGGCGAGUGGUGAUUUGCGGGCUUUGCAACCGGUAUUCAAGAUAUAUGGCCAGAGCCGAGCAUUCUCAGGCCCCAUUGUCACUCUGAAGGUGUUUGAGGACAAUGUGUUGGUUAGGGAGCUUCUCGAGACCAGAGGCGAAGGAAGAGUUCUGGUCAUAGAUGGUGGGGGAAGCAUGAGGUGUGCUUUGGUGGGAGGGAAUUUGGGGCAAUUGGCUCAAAACAUGGGGUGGGCUGGUAUCAUUGUGAAUGGCUGCAUCAGAGAUGUUGAUGAGAUCAACGGUUGCGAUAUUGGAGUAAGAGCCUUGGCAUCACAUCCCAUGAAAUCCAACAAGAAAGGCAUGGGGGAGAAGCAUGUGACAGUGCACAUUGCUGGGACACUAAUUCGUGAUGGGGAAUGGCUGUAUGCAGAUAGUGAUGGCAUUCUUAUCUCAAAAUCUGAGCUCUCUAUUUGAGUAAGCAAGCACUUAGAACUUGCAAGACAAUGGAAUCCCAGAUCACCCAAAUUAGUUCCAAGGUAGCUGGAUGGUCUGUGGAAAACAUUUUGUUCUCUAUGUCUGCAUUAUUUACAUCAAAUAAACUUGGGAAUUGGACUCAGCUUCUCUUGGACCACAGGCUAACAUAUUUUGCAGAGAAUCAUCUGCGGUUGUACACUAAUAAUUGUAGAACAAUUCGAGAAUCCACGAUCAGUUUGUAUUUCAGUUUU